CAUGCUAGUUUCCUUUACACUGCACAAAUACACAUCUUUCUCUUUUCUUUUCUUUCCCCUCUUACUCACUCUGACACAAAAUUUUUGUGUGAAUAAGAUUCUACCAUGGAAAGAACAAACUCACUUUUCUUUUCUUUUUAUUUUCUUUUUCUGAACAUGAAACCAAACUUAUGAAACAACUUCCAUUUGAAAACAGUUAAAAAUUUUCAACAACAUCAUCAUUAUUUUCAUUAUCAUCAGUUUCAAAAUAGUAAUAUCUGUUUGUUUCUGUUCUGUUUCUCCAUAUUGAAAAUGAUGAAGCCAACAAGAGUUUUUAUAGAUUUUCUUUGUUUUGCAUUUUUCUUGUUUUGGAGUUCUAAUGCUUUGCUUUCUUCUAAAGGUGUAAACUUUGAAGUUCAAGCUUUGAUGGGAAUAAAAGAGUCUCUAGUGGAUCCACAUGGUGUUCUUGAUAAUUGGGAUGGUGAUGCAGUUGAUCCAUGUAGUUGGACUAUGGUUACAUGUUCUAAUGAAAAUCUUGUCAUUGGAUUGGGCACUCCGAGUCAAAGUUUAUCAGGUACUCUAUCUCCAAGCAUAGGGAAUUUAACCAAUCUUCAGAUUGUGCUUCUCCAGAAUAACAACAUAACCGGGUCAAUCCCUUCGGAAUUUGGAAAACUUCCUAAGCUUCAGACUCUUGAUCUCUCUGACAAUUUCUUCAGCGGUGAAAUUCCUCCUUCUCUCGGACACUUGAAAAGCCUUCAAUACUUGAGGUUUAAUAAUAACAGCCUUGUUGGUGAAUGUCCAGAAUCACUAGCUAACAUGACACAACUUUCUUUUCUUGAUCUGUCUUACAAUAAUCUCAGUGGACCUGUACCGAGAAUUUUGGCCAAAUCUUUUAGCAUUAUUGGUAACCCUCUUGUUUGUGCUACCGGAAAUGAACCAAACUGUCAUGGGAUGACAUUGAUGCCAAUAUCCAUGAACUUAAACAAUACUAAUCUAGAUGUUUUACCAUCGAGCAAACCAAAAAGUCAUAAAAUGGCUAUAGUCUUCGGCUUGAGUCUGGGAUGUCUCUGCAUGAUAGUUAUCGGUUUUGGACUUGUUCUUUGGAGGAGACACAAGCAUAAUCAACAAGCGUUCUUCGAUGUUAAAGACCGGCAUCACGAAGAAGUUUACCUUGGAAACUUGAAGAGAUUUCCAUUCAGAGAACUCCAAGUUGCUACUCACAACUUCAGCAACAAAAACUUAGUUGGAAAAGGCGGUUUUGGAAAUGUCUACAAAGGAAUUCUCUCGGACGGAACUGCUGUAGCUGUCAAGAGGCUUAAAGAUGGAAAUGCAAUUGGAGGAGAGAUUCAAUUUCAGACUGAAGUUGAAAUGAUUAGCCUCGCGGUACAUAGAAAUCUGCUUCGACUUUAUGGAUUUUGCAUGACAUCAUCCGAAAGACUUUUGGUUUAUCCUUACAUGUGCAAUGGAAGUGUUGCGUCUCGUUUGAAGGGUAAACCCGUCUUGGAUUGGGGAACAAGGAAGAACAUUGCAUUAGGAGCAGCAAGGGGACUACUAUACCUUCAUGAACAAUGUGAUCCAAAGAUAAUCCAUAGGGAUGUGAAGGCUGCAAACAUAUUACUUGAUAACUACUGUGAAGCUGUAGUAGGUGAUUUCGGUUUGGCAAAGCUUUUGGAUCAUCAAGAUUCACAUGUCACAACAGCAGUGCGAGGAACUGUAGGACAUAUUGCACCCGAAUAUCUUUCGACAGGACAAUCCUCUGAGAAAACUGAUGUGUUUGGAUUCGGCAUUCUUCUCCUUGAGCUGAUUACAGGUCAGAGAGCCUUAGAAUUCGGAAAAGCUGCUAACCAAAAAGGAGCCAUGCUUGAUUGGGUGAAGAAAAUUCAUCAAGAGAAGAAACUCGAACUCCUUGUGGACAAAGAUCUAAAGAGCAACUACGACAAAAUCGAGCUCGAGGAAACGGUUCAAGUAGCCCUCUUAUGCACUCAAUAUCUUCCAAGCCAUAGACCUAAAAUGUCAGAAGUGGUAAGAAUGCUUGAAGGUGAUGGACUAGCUGAGAGAUGGGAAGCUUCACAAAGAACAGACACUUCAAAAUGGAAACAUCAUGAAUCAUCUUUAUCAGAUAGAUAUUCUGAUCUUACUGAUGAUUCUGUGUUAUUAGUCCAAGCUAUGGAGCUUUCAGGACCAAGGUGAAUUUUGUUUAGGAAAAUAUUAAAUUUUAUCUUAAAGUUUUCUAAAGAAUGAAGAUGAAAUUAAGAGUAGGUUUAAAUAUGUUUUUGUUUUUUUUUGUAAGUAUGAUAUUGUUUUGCUUUAAUCUAUGUUGUUUUGAGGAAAGAUUAUAUGUUGUAUGAUAGGAGGUUUUGUUUGCUUUUAAAUGUACAAAGUCUGAUUUAUUGAAUGUUAAUUUUGUAAUAUUAAUCAACAAAAGCAUAUAUUUUAAGGUCUA